CCCUGGGCUCCCCAGGCUCCUGAGGCCAGCUCCUAAAGCUCAUCAUUUGCUAAAGCGGAAAACUCAAAGCAAAUAAACAACGAUGAGGCUGUCCCUGUCUGUCCUGCUGGUCACUCUGGCCCUUUGUUACUAUGACGCUGGUGGAGUUAUUUGUCCAGCCGCUGUUACAGAUACGACUGCAUUCUUAACCUUCAACAAACCUCUGUACAAGCUACAGGCUGGUAGAUUUGAUGCACCUCCAGAAGCUGUUAAGGCCAAGUUGGAAACAAAGAAAUGCGCAGAUAAGAUCUCCAUUGGGAACAGAUGGUUAAUUCUAAAAGCACUGGUAACUUCUUCCUUCUUAACGCAUGGAUGCUUCUGCUCAGGCAAAAGCAGUUUCGAAAGGUGGUUAGAUUGAUUUAUCAAAAAUUCUAUCACAGUACCUCUGUCUUUCAAUGAUCUGAUCUUCACUGGAAAAUGUAAAGGUUUCAACAUCUUGCUUCAAUAAAUUCCUUGCCCUGCA